UCCAUAACUGUCGACGGAUCAGGGCGUGGGAAGAACAUCGGAUAUUACUAUGAAUUACUACAGCCUGCCGCAGGGAGCAGCGGCCGCUGUCAGUAGACGCCACUGCCAUUAUGAAGGAAAAGAGUAAAAAUGCAGCUCGCUCCCGUCGGGAGAAAGAAAACUCGGAAUUCCUUGAGCUGGCGAAACUCCUGCCGUUACCUUCAGCUAUCACCUCGCAGCUUGACAAGGCGUCAGUAAUCCGGCUGACGACGAGUUAUCUAAAGAUGAGGCAGGUUUUUCCUGACGGUCUCGGUGACGCGUGGGGCGCAGCGCCGCCGCCAUUACAGCCGCGAGAACUAUCGAUACGAGAGCUGGGUUCCCAUUUACUCCAGACAUUGGACGGUUUCAUCUUCGUAGUGGCUCCUGACGGCAAGAUCAUGUAUAUUAGUGAAACAGCCUCUGUACAUCUUGGAUUAAGUCAGGUGGAGCUGACCGGCAACUCUAUAUACGAGUACAUCCACCAGCAGGACCACGAGGAGAUGAGCGCAGUACUCAGCCUGCAGCAUCCACACUCUUACUUAGGACAUCAGAUGCCCAGCUUAGGUUACCCAGUGGGGGGCACGUGGGGACCAACAGUGGACGUGGAGUGCGAACGCGCGUUCUUCAUACGGAUGAAAUGUGUACUAGCGAAGAGAAACGCAGGACUCACCACAUCUGGGUACAAGGUGAUCCACUGCUCGGGGUACCUGCGCGCGCGGCGCUUCGGCGAGGGCACGGCGGCGCUGGGGCUGGUGGCGGUGGGCCACUCGCUGCCGCCCUCCGCCGUCACCGAGCUCAAGCUGCACUCCAACAUGUUCAUGUUCCGCGCCUCGCUCGACAUGCGCCUCAUAUUCCUCGACGCCAGAGUGGCAACACUGACAGGCUACGAGCCCCAAGAUCUGAUAGAGAAGACGCUGUACCACUUCAUACACGGCACUGAUGUACUCCACAUGAGAUAUUCGCAUUGCACAUUGCUAGCGAAGGGACAAGUGACGUCACGGUACUACCGUUUCCUCACCAAGUCCGGGGGCUGGGUGUGGAUGCAGAGCUACGCCACCAUCGUGCACAACUCGCGCUCCUCCAGACCUCACUGCAUCGUCUCCGUCAACUACGUGCUCAGUGAUAUCGAAGAGAAACAUUUAAUACUCAACAUAGACCAAGGCCCUCCGAAAAUCAACACCGAAGUACAAACACCAACACACAUUACAAGCACUUCACCGCACAUUCACACACGAAACACAGACAAAGUGAUUUUAAACGAAAGUGAUUUCAGUACAGAUUCAAGUGGAGGUUAUAACUAUCCAGAAUAUACAAUACCAGUACAAUACGAGACACAAGAUGAAUAUAACACACAGAACGGUCCAUACGAAUUAUUCUACAACGAAAACUACACAGAACCAGAAAUAAUACCCAAUUACGUAUAUCCACAAAACCAACGACCAUUUUCAGCGAGUUCUUCAAGUUGCAGUUCAAUAGAGAGUUCCGAAGUCAAUCAGCAAUAUAAUUAUACCAAUCUGAUAUCAUUUUACGGUCAUAAUAGUCAGAAUCAAAAUGGCCGACCGAUACAGGGUAAUUUUGGAGGGAAUUUCUCUAAAAUGGCGCCCAGCCCUACAGUACAAGAUGGCGGGUAUACAAGCGUGAUUGUUGACAAUACGCAACAAUUUCACCAUCAUGGUGGUGCUGUUAAUGAAUUUGUACAUUAGUAAAUAUUUUAAAAAAGAUCUGAAUGUAGAACACUAAGAGUCUGAAUGUGUAAAAUAUGUGAUGGCAAUAUAGGAUUUUGUUCAUCUGACAGUUACAUUUUUUAAGCUAUCUGAGCCUCUAUCAGCCAGAUGCGGGACAGGCUAGAAUGGUCCCUCCAAAUUAUAUAUUGUCCGAUAACAAUCGAAAGAGUAAAAUAUGUGACGGAAAUAUCGGAUUUUGAUCCCUUAUCUGACAGUUACAUUUUUAAGCUAUCUGAGCCUCUAUCAGUCAGAGGUGGGACAGGCCUUAACUUUAAUAAUCAUGGGUUGGCACAUGGAAAAUAAGAGCGCUCUUUUGCCAGACGUGCCAACUGAACGACAGCAGU